ACCACCACCCAGAAGAGGGACUGCAUUAUUACAAGAUUAAUAAUAUAGAUAGCCUUGUUUAAAAUCAUUUUAACAAAUUAAAUAAAUUCAGGCCCAAUUAAAAUAUGUGCCAAUUCAUGUAUGAGCGAUUAUUUGACGACACAGAGUUCAAAUGUGAUUAUUUCACAUUUGAACUCGGUUGUCACAUCAUGCUCUGCUCAUGACGCCCCAUGGGUGACAGGAACAGCAGUCAGCGCUGUGGUGUGGUCAGCAGCCUCCUGCAGCAUGGACAGCGAUGAUGAAAACAUAGAAGAGGCCGUCGAAGGUCCACUGGAUGAAGAUGGUCAGCCACAUGGGUUCUGCACAGUUACCUACUCAUCUAGCGAUCGUUUUGAGGGACACUUCACCCACGGAGAGAAGAAUGGCAAGGGCAAGUUCUUCUUCUUCGAUGGAAGCACCCUGGAAGGUUUCUAUGUAGACGAUGCUCUGCAGGGCCAGGGGAUAUAUACAUAUGAAGAUGGGGGCGUCCUCCAUGGGACGUAUGUGGAUGGUGAUCUGAACGGGCCUGCUCAGGAGUUUGAUGGAGAGGGGCACCUGGUGUUCAAGGGCCAGUACAAAGACAACAACCGCUGUGGGGAAUGCUGGGUCUACUACCCUGAUGGAGGGUGUGUGUUUGGAGAGGUGAAUGAGGAUGGGGAGAUGACCGGUGAAUCUGUAGCCUACAUCUACCCUGACAGACAGACGGCUCUCUAUGGAAGCUUUGUGGACGGGGAGCUAAUCGAGGCUCGCCUCGCCACCCUGAUCUCAAAUGAAAGUGGAAGGCCACGCUUUGAAAUCACACCCAACAGUCCUUUGUACUCGUAUGACAAGUCUACAUCCACCUGUAUUGCGACUCACACUCUGCUUCCUGACCCUUAUGAGAGCCAAAAGGUGUUUGUGGCAGACUCUCUGAUUAAAGGAGCAGGACAGGGCCUGUUUGCCAAGACAGAUGCUGAGACUGACACUGUGAUGGCUUUUUACAAUGGAGUACGCAUCACACACUCUGAGGUGGACAGCAGAGACUGGGCACUGAAUGGGAACACAAUCUCAUUGGAUGAGGAUACAGUGAUCGAUGUCCCGCCACCAUUUGAGCUGACGGAGAGAUACUGUGCCUCUCUGGGUCACAAGGCAAAUCACUCCUUCACCCCCAACUGCAAAUAUGACCCGUUUGUCCACCCUCGUUUUGGGCCUAUCAAGUGCAUCCGAACCAUUAGGGCUGUGCAGAAAGACGAGGAGCUAAUGGUUGCUUAUGGAUAUGAUCAUGAGCCAACGGGAAAGAACGGGCCUGAGGCUCCUGAUUGGUACAAGCAGGAGCUGAAGGAGUUCCAGCUGCGACAAGGGCCUCCAACUAGCCAAUAAGAACACAGAAGUCCUCUGGACAAUAAACCUCCCCUCUACCUGUGCUACAUCCUCACAAGACUCUUGCAGCAUUAUGAUAUCCCCUGCGACUGCAUACCACACUGUAGAUAUUUGAAAAGUUCCUGUGCUUCAUAUGGUAUUCAAAUAGAAUACUGCUUGAGCAAUUCAGUGUGAAUGAAGGUCUUGGGAGGUCCAAGGCCAAAGAAACACAAGAACUAUGCAAGAAACCAAAUGUUAUUGGAGGAGACAUGCCUCUGGCCUGAGAUGCUGUUCUGAUUUUAUCACUGUCCCUUCACAUAUAACUCAUAUGGGAAAUAAGAUUUACAUCCUCAUGGUGCUUAUACAUCUAGGACAUGAUUAAAAACUAUUGCCAUUUUACUCAGUUUUUACUUGUGUUACACAGUGGAUGCAGUUUAAUGAGCAGGGCUGUCCUCAAGUGUUGAAUUUAACACUUUAAACAGUUUAGCUCACACAUAAUUGAACUAAUUCAACAAGCCCAAUUCAUACAUUUUAAAUCAUACUUUAUAGCCUAUUCACCUAGUAAACCGUAACAAUCACAGUGACUAAUUUAUUUAGAAUAUCUGAAUUGGUAAAGAACUGUAUUUCCUGAGCUUUGAAGAGGUGAUUUGUAAUGUAAGCAUACAUGUGGAAAAUAAUGGAUGGUCUCCCAAUACAGGAAAGACCUACAGUGAGCCUGCUGCACUUUUCUAACCUAAUAUAUCUGUGUUCAUAACCUACAAAAUAAAGUCCAGCAUAAAAAUCAA